AUGGAGAAUCAGGCGGCGGCGGCGAAGAAAAGAAGCAGGGGACGGCAGAAGAUUCCAAUAGAGAAGAUUGCUAAUAAGAAUAGCUUACAGGUGACAUUCUCAAAGCGUCGAGCAGGUCUCUUUAAGAAAGCGAGUGAACUAAGUGCAUUAUCUGGUGCUCAAGUCGUCGUCAUUGUUGAAUCUCCUGCCGGUAAACUCUUUUCCUUCGGAAAUCCUUCUGUCGACUCUGUUAUUCAUCGAUUUGAAAAAGGCGAAGAUGAUGGAUUCAAUUCGGGUAAUUGGUGGGAAGAUGUGUGUUUGGAGAAUUUAGGGUUACAAGAACUUGAGGAAUUUAUGGCUGCUAUGCAAGUUUUGAAGAAGAAUUUAAUGAAGAAUCAAGCUAGUAGUAGUAAUGAUGAUUUGAGUGUGAUUCUCAAUGAUGAUGUGUUCAUCCCCAAUCUCAAUCUCAAUCUCACUUUGGAGGGCUUCCUCUUCAGUACUAAUUUCAAUCAAAAUACACAGGGAAUUUAA